AUGAGACUCGCUCGGCUCUCUCUCGCCAUCUUCACUCGCUCAACUGCUGAGCGGGACACGCCCAGCAGCCAUGCAGGCCUAUCCGCAAGCCCCACCGGCGACCGCGCUCGACUCGGCCUUUGCGUCCCUCACGCUCGCCGGUGCCUCGUCGUCGUCGACCACCGCACGCGCCGACUCGCACCCGACAGCGACACACCGCCAGCCGAGGACCCCGACAGCCGUCAGUGUCACGCCCUGGAUGCACCUCCUGCGCCGCACAGACCAGGACAGAGCCCGGCCGCCCAUCGACCUGUGCGCCCGCACCGCCUCCCCCUCUCGAACCUCGCUGACCCUGCACCCACCUCCCGCAGACUUGACGAGGAGGUCGCCGCGUUCGUCGCCUCGGUGCGGCCGACCAAGGGCGAGCAGCGUCUGCGCCUCGCCGCCCUCACGUGCCUCACCAAGGUCGUCGCGACCCUCUGGCCGACUGCGGCCGUCGAGCUGUUUGGGUCUAUGGCGACGGGCCUGUACCUUCCUCACGGCGUGCGUCCCCUCCUCCUCCUGCGCACCCUCCGCAACGCCCUCCUCGCCUCGCACCUCGCGUCGACCGGCCGCCUCGUGUCGCACGCCAAGGUCCCGCUCGUCAAGCUCGUCACGGCGCCCUCGUUCGGCUCGUUCGCGAUCGACGUCUCGUUCAACGCCGACAAGGGCCCAAAGGGCGCGCGCGAGAGCCUCAGGCUCCUCCAGGAGCUCGAGACGAGGCGCGAGGGCGACAAGAUGCGCGCAAAGGCGCUCGUGUUUGUCCUCAAGGCGUUCCUCGACGCCCAAGGGCUCAACGAGGUACGGUACGGUGGGCUCGGCGGCUUGGGCAUCUUUUGCCUCGCGGUCUCGUUCAUCCAGGUGCGCCGUGCACCCUUCUUUCGAGCCUCUCACGUGCGGCCCUGA